UUAACCCGCCGAUGCCGCGGGUUAGUCUGGAUGUGGGCUAAGAGUGGUUCACCGAUGUGUCUGGUUAGCUGCCACUUUCUCUGAUGCUAACUCUGACAGCUGAUAUAACAAAAUCACUAGCAUUUUUAUAACAUCUGGGCACAUGCUAUAUAAACUGCAACUAGAGAUUAAAUCAAUCUGUCCACAGUAAACUAUCCUUCUCUGCCUUAAUAUUUUUUUUACUUACUAGCCUCAUGAUAUAGAUUUUCCUUUUAUUAAAGAAAAGGAUCAGUUACUAGAAUUUGAGAAGAUCACUGUAUAAACAAGAUAAUAGCUGUUGUGGGUUUGAAUAGAUUUUAAACUCUCUGCUGGGAGCCUAAUUCUUCACUAUUUUGCAGAGACUGCAUUGCAUUAUGAUGUGUAGCCUUUUACACCUGUGCAAAACAAUCUGGAGAUGCUAUCAAAUCAGAAUUUGUUCCUACCCACUUUGCACAUGUGUAAAUGACUAUGCUGGGAAUCAGGUAGCGGAGGUUAAACGAACAAUGAUUAGGCAGAAUUUGAAGCAUCAGAGAAAGGGAUGCAAACAGCAGAACAUCCAAGCCAAUGUCUUUUUACAAAUGUCUUCUUACAAAGCAAGAGUUAGGAUGGUUACACAUGCUCUUUUUGAAGUUCCACUGCUAUGUUGUCCACUGUUCCCCCAGCCAUGGUUUCCAAGUUUUGGAUGGUUUGAUGGACGUGUGCUUCCUGGGGCUCAGCAAGAGGUGAUGUGAGCUGCCACAGUGGAGUUCACUAUGGUGGCACUAGAUGACACUGCAUCUUAAAGCAGCCCUGGCAAGUCUCUCCAGGCAUUCAGUGAACUUCCCCAGGGCUGAGUGCCAGGGCAGUGGGAUGCUGUAUUGCCAACCUCAAGAGAUCAAAAAUCAUGGGUUGGAGCCACCCCAAAAACAUGAUUAGCCCCAUACAUUGGGAGGUUUUGAAAACACCAAACCAUGUUAUUUUUGUCUGUUGUUUGACUUUUUAACUGCUCUUUACUGUUCUUCCAAUGUGUCUGAUAAUUUCAGCUUGGAAAAAAUCAAUCUUUUAAGGCACACAAAAAUGCAUGCCUCUUUCUAGCUGCUCAGAUGGGAACUCCACUUACCUUCUAGCCACCCCUAAAAUAAGCGAACUGCCAUCCAUUUCCCAUGAUUGUCUCGAUUCUCUCUCCUCCCAGCCUCACUGCUCCCUGAGGCAUCUCUCCUCACCUGGACCUGGCAACACAGGCUCCCUUACUCACCCCAGGGCUUCUCCUCUUCUCCAAGCAGAGAAGUCCCAAGACAGCAAGAGGCAGAAAAGUGUCAGGUUCCUUGAAUCCAGCAGCAGUUCUUCCCCACCUCCUCACUCCACUGCCUGGCCCAGGACCCUCUCUCUGCUAUAAGGCUUCCGUUCCCCAGCACUACUUCCAGGCUAGGGAAGCUGUCAUUCUGCUCCGUCUCCCACUCCACAUCACCAGGAGCAGCCCUACCCAUUUUGCCAACCAGGGGAGAAAGCAUUUUCAGCACCCACCCAGCAGCCAAGCGCCCCCUGCAACAGAGAAGCACAUGGGGUUUGACAGCCCCUGGAAGAUGGUGCCCAGCCCCUACAACCGGCCUUGCCCACAUCACUCCAGUCAGUAACCCCCUCCCCCAGUCUCCUUUCAUAGCGUCUCUGUUGCUCACAAGCCCUGACUACCCGGAUCUCAGCUUGAGUCUCACUGAAACCAGCGCGCGCUGGCAGCCCAUUUUAUUAAGGGCAGCCUCACCGCUCCCCGCCGCUAGAGUAUAGGAAAAUGGCGGCCACCACGCCAGCUUCAGCCCCUGCACAGUAACAGGACAGGGCGGCCAUUUUGAGUAAGGGACAAUCCCCCGCGCGACUCUCCCGGCUUCGAGUGGCGGUAAUAUCGCCCGCGGGCAGUAACGGGCACAACGCUGAACCCGCCAGUCCUCUCAGCCCGCUGCCCCUCGGCGGCCGGUGGAAGGAGCCUCGGGCCCCACAACCGUCCGUGGUAUCUUGUCUGCGCCGCCUGCCGCCUUCCUCUGCCCGGCGCUGGGAUCGAUCGCUCAGCCGAUCAGCUGCUUUCCCUUCGCGGCCUGCCUGUUGCUAGGCAGAGCCCGACGCAGUUGCUUUGGUUUCUUCGGCCCCGCCUCUCGGCCGGGGGUCGGGGAGCAGCGGCAGGAAGCUGAAGGGGCCCCGGUGCAGCCCGUUGCCGCUCCGCCAUGGAGCCCGAGAAGAGAAGAACCAAAGAAGAUACUUGGAAAUCAGAUGAACUUAAGAAACAUCUUAGGGUAUCACAGUCAGAUAGUCAAUCUGAAGAUAAGAAACAGAAGGAAAAGAAACUGCAAAGAGAUAGAAAGACUCAUGACAUGGUUGAUUACAAAGGAUACAUACACAAGGAUCAAGACAAGGACAGAGGAAAGGCAAAAGAAAGGACAAGUGAAAGAGAGAGAUUUAAAUCUAGUGAAAGAGACAGGGAUAAGCUAAGAGACAGAGAAAGUGGAAAAGAUCAUCACAGAGAACGAGAGAGAGAGAAAUUGAAGGAGAAGGACCAAGAAAAAGAUGCAGAGAAGGAAAAACACAUUACAAGAAAAGAUAAAGAGAAGGUGAGUGAUAAAGAAGGAGACAGAAAAUAUAGGAGGGAUGAUCUGAAGCAAAUGCUUAUACAGAAUAACCUGAAAGCAUCUGGAGGAAGGGAUAAAGAACAGCGCAGAAGAAGAGAAAGCAAGGAUCAAUUGGAGCAAGCAAACAUAAGGGAUGACGUGAAAGAGAGAAGACAUACAGAAAGAAAAGUAAAGGAAGGAAAAAAAAGUGAGAGCAAAAAUAGUCUUGGCGAGUUUUUAACAAAGAAAGAUGAAGAAGGUGGAUAUAGACACAAGUCACACAGAGAUCAAGAACUGAAUAAAGACAGAGGAAGGAGUCAUAGUGAUAAAAGAGAACAUUCAGUUAGGAGAGGAAAGGAGAGACCUUCAAAAGAAAGAAGCCAUGAAUUGUUUGUAAAGGAUGGGGAAGAAAAAUAUGUGUCAAGGAGACCUAAAGAAGGAUCCUCCAUUGAAGACACAGAAAGACAACUGAGCGAGAAUAAUGAAAAAAGACAGAGGGAAGAAAAUGAAAGAAAGAAAAGAGAUCUUAAGAACAGUGAGCACAAAAAACAAGGAAAGAGCUUAAGAGAAGAAGAAACCAGCCUUCAGCAUGAAAGGAAUGCAAGAGAUAAAGGAAAGAGCAUUGAAAGGGGAAAAAAAGAGGACACAAGCCAAAGGCCACACCAAGGUGAACAUGUGUCAGCGUGGAAACCUAUGCAGAGGGAAAAACCUGAGGAAGAACCUGAAAUCGGUGAUGAUUAUUUGACAAAUUAUGAAGAUGAUUUUGAAGAUUAUGAAGAUGAUUUUGAUGAUGAUGAUGAUGAAGACAAUGAUAGUGAGGCUAGAGACUCAGAAGAAAGACUAAGAGAGAUCCCUGUUUCUAAAAAAUCAGAAAUAGAAGAAAUUCAAAGAGCAAUUAAUGCAGAAAAUGAGAGGAUUGGUACCUUACUACCAAAGCAAAUUCAAAAAGAACGUGAAAAGGAACCAAACGUGGAGAGGCAAGAUUCUCCUGCCAGAGGCUCUAUCUGUGGAAUGUUCAUGGAUUUUGAAACAGCAAACCAGCGGCAAAGUAGCCAAAUUAUGGCCACUAAACAGAAGAAACGCAGUUCAGAACUGCUCCGGCUAAUUGACCUGGACUUCUCAGUAAGUUUUUCUUUACUGGAUUUGCCUCCAGUGAAUGAAUAUGACAUGUACAUCAGGAACUUUGGAAAAACAAACACUAAACAGGCAUAUGUUCAGAGCAAUGAGGAUAAUCUUGAGAGAGACGUUCAGACGGAUGAAAUAGAGACUCUAGAAAAAUGGACACAACAUCCAGGAGACAGUGUACUUGUAUCUGGAGGUCCCAGAAGCAGCAAUGAUGUGUCUACUGAUAUUGUUGUAACACCUAAGAUUGAUUCACAGAGAUUAACAAACUUCCUCCGGUCUGCUUGUCAGGUGAUUGCUGUUUUGCUUGAGGAAGAUCGAGUUGCAACACAACCCAGGUGGAAUCUAAGAUCUCGACAAACCAGUCUGUCUAUUAGUGAUAGCUGCUUCCAGUUAAAUACUAAUCUACCUUUUCUCCAUGGCCGAAAAGUGUCCUGUUUGCACAUCUCUCAGGUUCAGAGGCAGGCAUUGCUUUCUGUUCACGGUUUACCUGAAAAGCCAGGUGCUAUUCAAUUGGACAGGAAGUACAUCGUAUGUGUAUGGAAUGUCUGGCAGCCCUCCAGUCCUCAGAAAGUUUUAGUUUGUGAAGCAGAGGUGUCAUGCUGCUGCUUUAGUCCCAGUAAAGCAACUUUAGUAUUUGCUGGAACAAUGGAUGGUUCACUGGUAGUGUGGGAUCUCCGAGAAGACUCAAGGAUGCAUCACUGUGUGAAAUUAAAUGAAACUGACUGGAUUUUUAGAUCUCCGACAUUUUCUACUGAUGGUGUUCUCUCCUCAUUAAACCACACAUAUCCUGUACUGGCAAUAGAACCUGUCUCAACAUCUGUCUAUAAGGAACAGAAUUAUGGGCUCUCACACCUAUCUUCUCAAGAAGAAAUGUCAGGCCUGUCAUUCCAGAUAGCUUCAAUGGAUGAAAACGGGACUCUCAAUCUGUGGGUAGCAGUUGAAUUACAAAAAGUGGAUUUGUCUGGUUCACAGAGUGAUUUAGGUUUAAUUCCUGGGGGGAAAAUAAAGUUAGUACAUAGCUCUACUGUUCAGUUGAAUAGCAGCCUUUUCCCAAAAGAUAUCCUAUGCCUGAGAAAGCCUCAAACACUGAAUAUUAAGUUUCUGCCUUCUAAUCCUAAUCAUUUCAUUGUUGGAACAGACAUUGGUAUGGUAAGUCAUGGUGCAAGACAUGAUUUAAGAGUACAUCCAAAGCUGUUCAAACCCCAGCAGGGUGGACCAAGAUCAAUAAGAGCUAAUGCAGUUGAUUUCUCCCCUUUUGGAAAGCCAAUAUUUUUGGUUGGCUGUUCAGAUGGAAGUAUUAGAUUGCACCAAAUGACGUCAGAGCAUCCCCUCAUACAGUGGAAUGACAGCACAAAUGGCCAACCAAUUAUUGCCCUCCAGUGGGCUCUCACAAGACCUGCUGUGUUUUUCGUCCUGGAUACAUCAUCUACUGUUUACAUUUGGGAUCUACUGGAAAACGACUUGUGUCCUGUAGCCAAACAAAUUAUCCAGUCAGAUAAGGUUAUGACUAUGGUUGUAUUGGGUGAACCGGAAAAAACAAAUGGUCUGUUGGGGAUCGCAUUGGCCAAACAAUCUGGAAUAAUAGACAUUCAGUAUGUAAAGAAGAGGUGGGCAUUACCUCAGUCAGAAGAAUCAGAAAAACUACAGUUGCUCUUGCAACAAUCCUUAUAAAGCAGAAAAAUUGUCUUUUUCUGUAUGUACAAAUAUGGCUGGCUAUAUUUAGAAUUUUUCAUUUGAUUACUGUAAUAAAAAGAUUUAUAAUUUAAGAGCUUUUGUCUUUGUAUAUAUAUAUUGUAUAUAUUUUACAAGAAUGUCAAUACAGUAUUUCAACAGAAGAUAGAAUAUUUUUGUUAAUUAUAAAAAUGACAGAACAAAGCUUGGUAAUAUUGUACCUGAAGGAAGAUAGAUCGUAGAUGUAAAUGUAUUUUACUGAAAAAUAUCUAUAAAUGUUCACAGUUCCAGAUUGUGAAUAUAUAUAGGUACUUUUCAGUAAAAAAGUGAAAUUAUAUUCCUAUAAAAUGUGAUAUGCUGCUUCUCAAUAUUGCACUUUGAAGCAAACUAUAUCCUAUGUGUAAAGUUAAAUGUAUGCUUUUCUGUAACAUAAAAGGCUGUUGCCUUGAUUAGGUUACCUUUGGAACUUUCUCAGCCUUUCCACAGCUGUCAUUUUUGCAUAGGCUAGACCAUACCCCGAUGUGGAAAUACUUGUGUAAAGACCAGAAAACUACACAGAGUUACCUUUGGUGAGUGUCCUCUGCAUUCUCUCAUUCUGGGUGGAGUUUGUCCUUAGCAGAAGAAAUGAGGCAUCCUUCCCUCAGACCCUGUGGAACCCCAAUAUCUACUGGGUUUGCAAGACUAUCCACAAGGAGGCCCUAUGCCUCUGCACUGAUUCUGGGCAUCCUUCAUCUCUAUUCAUACACCCUGCCAGCAUGACUUUGUCAGGGACUCCUCAAGUGGCAUGGAACCUUUGGGUCCCUUGUUAUAGAUGUUCCCAGCAUGCAUAGGGCUCUGCAAAAGAACUAAUUCAGCCCCAGGUUGUAUUAACUUGCCUACAGAAUGUCUGCUGGGAGAAAUGGCCUUCCCCUAGCCCUUCCCCUCUCAUUCUCACCUCCUCCUUAUUGGUAGAUCCUUACAUCUGCAUUGAGCCCUCCAAGAAAUCCAGAAUGGGGAGACUGCAACCAUGGAGAAAUGGGGGUUAGACUAGAUGACCCUUUUCGUCCCUUCUAGUCCUUUGAUUCUAUGUCCAUUUGCACCAAUUUAGAAUCCUUUACACAUCAGUAAACAGGCAUAAGUAGGUCUAAGGAUGUCUGAGUGUAAAAUAAUCUGAUUUAAACUAUCUCAUCCAUCUCUUCUGACUUUGGCCCUAAGAAUUUGCAAAAAUAAUUGCUAGUCAUUAAAUAGGUCCCUUAGUUAAGAGCCUCACAUGCAUAUGCUUAGGACGUGCUGACCUUAUGUUUUCUGGUUUUUCCAAACUUUGCAAAUAAUCUGCUUGUUCCAUUUACCAAAAAUCCAAAUGUUCUUUGGACUAAUGGAAUAUUUAAGGUUUUUCAUCAUAAACUAAAUGAUAUUUACCUGUUUACUGCUACAUUUAAAUAAUUCUAAAAUAAUUAUCAAAUUCUCUAUAUUGAGAGGAGGAUGGAUUUGUCUUUAAUAAUUGUUUUUAUUGCCGUAUUCUAAUUUUGGGCUGGAGUUGUUGUACCUUUGGGGUGAGACUCGCUGUGGAAACCUUGAACACAAUAGUAAUAUGUUUAGAAAAAUUAUAAGCUACUAAAAAAAUGAGGUUCGGAUUGAAAUUGUACCUCACUGUUGCUCAAGAGCUGAUUGUCCCUCCUUUCAAAAUAAUAGUAACACCUAGUCCUUAUAUAAUGUUUUUCAUCAGUAGAUCCCAAAGCACUUAACAAUAUUUAAUGUAUUAUCCUCACAACUGUGAAGUAGGGAAGUGCUUUUAUCUCCAUUUUUUACAGAUGAAGAACUGAGGCACAGAGAGGCAAAGUGACUUGCCCACGG